ACAUAUGUACAAUUAAUCCAGGUGUGAAGACAUGAGAGCCACAAUGAAGAGCUGCAUUUUGCUGCUACUGUUCUGUAUGUAUACCUGGGGGGCGCCUGUGGAUAUCCCAAAGCCAGGUUCGUGCCAAGACCCCUCUGCUCUGGGUGCUGCCAAGCUGGCUCUGACCAAAAUCAACCAGGACCGCAUCCAAGGUUAUGUGCUCAGCCUCAACCGCCUCUGCAAUGUCAAUCAGAUGCCACAUGGUAUCAAUGGGAUCAUCUACUUUUUAACUAUGGAUGUUCUUGAGACCAACUGCCAUGUCCUUAGUCAGAAGUCCUGGGAGAGCUGCGAAGUCAGGGAUGUGUACGGACAGUGCAAGGCCACAGUCUUCAUAAACAAGGUUCAGAGGAUUGUUCAUUUGCACAGCUACAGCUGCACCGUGAGACCAGCGCCAGCCUCCAAAGUCCACAAGACCUGUCCCGACUGCCCCUCUCUGAUGCCCCUGGACAGUGAGACUGUUCUUAAGACAGUGAAAGCAUCACUUGAGGAAUUUAACAAAAACAGCAGACUCUCCAACUACUUUGCCCUGUUGAAUGUCACAAGAGCAUCUAUUCAGAGGGGGAUUGCUGUAUUCGAUUUUGUGGAAUUCACCAUUCAAGAGACAAUUUGCUCCAACAGCACAGAUGUCUCAGAGGUAGCCAAGUGCGCUUUGAUGGACUGUGAGUUUGCACAUAAGGGUCAUUGCAAAGGAUCCCGCUCUGAGUUCGAAGAGAAAGACCACAUCAUUGUCAAUUGUGACAUCUAUGAGCCUGAGGCUUCAGAAAGAGAGGAGUCAAGACAUCUGUUGGGUGCAGAACAUGACCACUACCACAAUCACACUCACGACCACCACCAUCAUUCCCAUGGCACCGAGGACAACCCUGCUCAUCAUCAUGAUCAUUCACAUGACCACCAUCACGAACAUGCUCACAACCAUGAUCAUUCCCAUGGUCACCACCAUGAACAUGCUCAUGACCAUGAUCACAAGCAUGAACAUUCACAUGACCACCACCAUCAAGAUGCUCAUGAGCAUGAUCAUUGCCAUGAUCACAGUCAGGACCACAGCCACACACAUGACUGUGAGCACAAACACCUGCACCUCCAUGUUCAUGAGCAUCACCACCACCACCACAACAACAGCCAUGAAAGACCCAUUAAGAGUCCCCUAGGAAUAGUACACUACCUGCCAUCAGUGGAUCAACCCAUUUCAAUCCCAUCAUUACUUGACCAACCCGCUGCCCCACAUGGCGACACCCCUGCCACACUGCCUGUAUUCCCUGACACUCAUGCUCAUGGUCCACAGGAGAAGAAGCUGGUCAUCCCUCCCUUCCCCAGCACCAUAUCUAAACAGUGUCCUGGGGCAUCCAUGAACCAGGUGGUCUUCAUCAAGGAACUGUUUGCAGAGGACCCACUUUUCCAGCAUAAAACUCAUUAG